CAAUCCUUUCACUAUUUCCAUUCCACCCUUAAAGCCUUAAAUCUUCUUUUUUAUUGGAGAAACCAAUCGCCGUACUUUCAGAAUCCACAAGCAUAGGCAAUGGCAAGAAGAGAACGAUGCAGUGGAUGUGGGCUGUACCUGCUGGUUCCACCAGAGGCACAAACUAUCCGUUGUGCCAUCUGCCAAGCCAUUACCAAUACCAACACCCAAGUUACCAGCAACAUUCAGCCUAAUGGCCAUUGGGGUCAUGUCCAUGACUCAUUUAUAGGACCAGGCCGGACCAGCUAUCUUGGGGCAGGGACGUCUGGAAUACCCUAUGUGUACGGUCCUCAUCAGCGGCCUCCGCAGCCAACACUUUCUCUAUCUCCUGUUCCAGUGCACGGAAGGAAAAGGGCACUUCUUUGCGGAGUAAAUUACCAUGGCAAGAGUUACAGGCUCAAAGGAAGCAUCAACGAUGUCAAGUGUAUGAGGUACCUUCUUGUAGAGAAACUGCGGUUUCCUAAUGACUCCAUACUCAUGCUCACAGAAGAUGAGACCGAUCCUUUCAAGAUCCCAACAAAACAGAACAUCAGAAAAGCACUGAGAUGGCUGGUCUAUGGUUGCCAGUCAGGGGACUCGUUAGUGUUUUACUUCUCUGGCCAUGGCACACGCCAACUUGAUUAUAACCAUGACGAGGUUGAUGGGUACGAUGAAGCCUUGUGCCCUCUCGAUCAUGAGACCGAAGGGAAUAUAAUCGAUGAUGAAAUAAAUGACACCAUUGUAAGGCCACUCCCUCGAGGAGCCACACUGCAUGCAAUCGUUGAUGCCUGCUACAGCGGAACUGUUCUUGAUCUGCCUUAUGUUUGCAGGAUGAACAAGGAAGGGUUCUAUAUAUGGGAAGAUCAGAGAAACCCUUUCUUUUACAAGGGUACAAGUGGUGGACUAGCCUUCUGUUUUAGUGCUUGUGAUGAUAAUCAAAUCUCUACAGAUACCACUGCUUUCACUGGAACAAAUACCAGGACCGGUGCCAUGACAUUCAGCUUCAUCCAAGCUGUGCAAAAUGAGCCUCGAUUAACGUAUGGCCGCUUGCUUAAUGCAAUGCGCAAUGCGAUUCGUGAUGUUAAAGCUGGUUUACGCCUAAAUGGUCCGAUUGCAACUCUCAUUAAUAAAGUAUUGUUUGGAACAACAACGCAGGAGCCACAGCUAUCUUCAUCAGAGAAAUUCGAUAUCUACUCAAAGCAGUUUGUCCUGUAGUAAUUUCCGUUGUCUUUCAUAAUCGUUUUUGACUAUUUGGCUCUGUAAUCAUUAAACAUUAAAAUGAUUAUAAGUAACUUAUUUUGUAUA